AUGGCUUCUCCGAAAGGUUUUCUCAGCUGCUGCUCAGCUUGGAUCCUGGCUUCGUGUUCCCUCCUUCUCUUCCUCCUCGUGCUGAAGUCUCAAGGAGCGGUCGUACCCCUCCACGGAUGCAGACUGAAGAAGAGCGACUUUGAAGCAUCCUUUAUCAACCAGCACAUCUUAAAUCUUUCUAAGAAGGCAAGUGACCAGGACACCAUCACGGACAUCAGGCUCAUCAACAGCACCUUUCCCCAAGACGUCCAAGCAAGGGAUCGCUGCUACCUGAUGAAGCGGAUUCUGAACUUCACCCUGGAGGUGGUGAUUCCUCCUCGGAACCCCCAGCUCGGGCCACUUUUCCGAGAUGUGAAAUCCUUCUUCAGCUAUCUCCACCGCAAGCUGCACUACUGUAAUCCCAUUACCAGCGGACAGCAAGUUGAGAGACACGUUGAAACCAUGAAGAAGACCGUGACCCAGCUCGGCGAGAAAGGAACGAACAAAGUGAUCGGCGAGCUCAAUCUGCUCUUCGUGGCCCUAAAGCAUGCCUGCGUUUAA